GUUCGAACUCCCGAUCAACGAACAAAUCGCCCAACUUUUUCCCUCGACAACCCUCACGACAUCAAUUAAGAUGGCUGAAUCCGGAGACAAGACCGCCAACCCCAUGAAGGAGCUUCGUAUCCAGAAGAUCGUCCUUAACAUUUCCGUUGGAGAGUCUGGAGAUAGACUUACUCGUGCCGCAAAGGUGUUGGAACAAUUGAGUGGUCAAACCCCAGUCUACAGUAUGUGAAUCCGUCUCGCAUUACACGGCGCAUAAUUAAUAGAUUCUUCAUAGGCAAGGCCCGAUACACCGUCCGUACCUUCGGUAUCCGUCGUAACGAAAAGAUCUCCGUUCACGUCACUGUCAGAGGACCAAAGGCCGAGGAAAUCUUGGAGCGUGGAUUGAAGGUCAAGGAGUAUGAGCUUCGCAAGCGCAACUUCUCCGAGACUGGUAACUUUGGUUUCGGUAUCAGCGAACACAUCGAUCUUGGUAUCAAGUACGACCCAGCGAUCGGAAUUUACGGAAUGGAUUUCUACUGCUGCAUGUGAGUAUAUUCGCAGAUGGAACAGAUGGGAUGGAUACUGAUAAAUGAUAGGACCCGUCCUGGUGAGCGUGUUGCCAAGCGCAGACGUUGCAAGACCCGUGUUGGUACCAACCACCAAAUCAAGCGUGAUGAGACUGUCAAAUGGUUCAAGAACCGAUUCGAGGUAUGUUUAGACUGGACAGUCUUCCCAAGGCGCAUCGCUAAUAGUUUAUACAGGGUAUUGUCCGAUAAAUCUUCCAAAAUCUUCUGGUCUGCAUGGAACAACGGAGUACAAGGGAUGACUACAUGACAUGGGCAUCAUUGGCUGUACAUUACUGAAUCUACGGAUCAGAAACGCAAUGAAGCAGUUCACCAACUGUUCAGCGAUCAUUAUGAUCUGCUACGGCCUUAGAGUCCGACCGGCGUUUAUGCCGGCUUUUCAAGUGCUGAAGUUUUCUACUUCGUAAUGUGUGAAACGAAAGCUUAUGAACUGUGAUUGGAUUCUCUUGCGUUUUUCUCUUCCGUGACUUGAUAGUAAUAUCUGGCCCCAGCAAGGAAUCUUAUAUAGCAGUUGUUCCAGACUGACUGGGCAUCAGUAUAUGUUAGAAAGCAUUUCUUCUCCCUUUAGACCUGCCAUUGUACAUGGUAGUAAGGUAUAAUCUUGGUAGCAAAGUAAUGACGGAGAUGAUUAUAAAACAGGCCGACUGAAGACAAUGUUCAACACAACUGACCGAGAAGUUUCUUGGGCUUUUGAAUCCGUGGCCUGUCAUGAGACCUAUUUCCCCCUAGUCACAUUACUAUCGAUCUCACUGGUAUUGAGCAACUGUAGGUGAUCUCAAGUAGUCAAGUGACCAAGAUUCACAAACGCUUCUUAUCAGCGAGGUUUUAACUUUCUUGAUUCCAAUAUACUCCCAUUAAAUUCCAAUUAACCCCCCUCCCCUCCUGAAAGAACCCCCCUAAGCAGGUAUAUUACAUAUACACCAUUACAAGAAAAAAAAACCCAUGAAUACUAUGCAUCACGGUCCCGCAAUUCAAUUCAGUAAAUCAACAUUACUUUAGGUUGUUGAACGAACGUUUUUCUUUGAGUGCCGACUGGAAAGCAGAACAUGUUAGCAUGUGUUCCUUCCAUGAAAAAUACCUGCUUCACAAUGGUUCUUCUCGCAAGCGGAGAUCACAGUUUCAAGUGGAUAGCAUCCCUUCCUCUCAGUAUCAAAAAAAUCAACAUACCUCAGCAGCCUCAAACCUCUUCCCAAUCCCAUGCACACUCCCCCCAAAACGUUCCUGGCUCGCAUUUCGCCCAUACAGCUUCUCACUGGACGGUUUCUUCCUCAAGUCCUCGGCCAUCAGAUCCGCGAGGUAUCCUGAUUUCUGCGGUGCUUCUUUGGCAGUGGUUGGGGUGGAAGUGGUGGGCGAGGGGACGGAGAGCGAGG